UAGAUCACCAUGUGCCUCCGCAGCCUGAUCGUUCUCGUGCUCAUCACUGCCGUGUGUGGUGGAAGCCUGGCACCGUUGUACACAGCACAAGAGCCCAUACCGAACCGGUAUUUGUUGAAAGUCAAGAAUGAGUACGUCUUCAGCGACUUGGUGGACGAUCUUUUGGCCGAGAACGAGCGCAAUGCGCAAACCGCUCCCGGCUUCGGCCACAUCGAUAUACUGAACGAGAUGGACGGAACGUACCUGAAAAUCCUCUAUGUUGAUCUGGAUUACAAAUCCCUGGAUACGGUUCGCAAGCACCCCGCGGUGGAGUUCGUCGAGGAGGAGGACGGACGUCCAAUCACCAGCGAUGACAAUGCCGAUUUGGACGAGUUCGACUUGUCAGGAAUCGAUACCGCGGGAAAGCGAGACCACUCCAAGCGUUUCACUCAGGAGGAUUUCGAGCUUAACCAAGGGGCGUUUUAUGGGCUGGAUAGAAUCAACCAGAGAGAACUCGAACCUGAUCAGAAUCUCACCUUUGCCGGGAACGGUUUUGGUGUGAAUAUAUACCUCGUCAGCACCGGCGUUCUGCAAACACACGAGGAUUUCGACUGCCGUGUGAGAAUGGCCUAUGACGUGAUGAGCAAAACGGGAGAAGACUGCUCGGGUAGCGGGACGAAUGCGGCGGGCAUCGCGGCGGGGAAGUCGGUGGGGGUAGCCAAGGCCGCCAUGGUGCACAGCGUCAGGGUGCACGACUGCAACAACACGGAAAGUACCAACAGGCACGUCAGUGCUAUUCAUUGGGUGGCCAAUAACCUGGCCAAACCCUGCGUGGUUAUGCUGACCAUCUCAAUCAACAGUGGAGGCAAGACGCUACAGACGGCCGCAGAAUCCUUGGUUGAUGCUGGAUGCGUGGUGGUCGUCAAGGCCGCGCCCAUCAGGCAAACCUACGGGAAAAAAGCUUGCGACUACUCCCCCGGACGAUCUCACAGACUUAUCACUGUCGGCGCCACGUACCAAAACGACGGGAAAACGUUGUGGUCGGGAGAUGGUAUCUGCGUGGACAUUUUCGCCCCAGGGAACAAUCUCAUGACUACUUCCCCGAUGGAUGAUGGGUAUUACGACAAAAUAAGCAGUCCGAACUUAUCUGCAGCUUUCGUGGCAGGCGUGGCCGCCAUUCACCUGGGCAACAAGGUGGAUGCCGCAGACGUGAAGCACAGGAUUCUGAGUGACUCUACCCCCUGCGUGGUGGGCAACGAACUACUGGGAGCGCCUAACCGGCUGCUCUACGUAGACCCGGGCCAGUCCUAGUCGCCCACGCUCGGUGAAACCGGAGGCUCGAUGUUAGUCCCGGUCCUAGGAAUUUUCUGAAAACAGCGGUCACAAAAAAAUAUUUGUUAAUUUGUUUCAGAAAGGUACAGUCCUAGGUGUUGCUUCCGAAAAAAAAAGCAUCAUCAACAGGUUUUAAUGUACUUAAUAUGGCAAAAAUAAUCAUAAUAUACAUCAUGAUAAGUUGUUGAGAAUGUAGAUUCGCCCAGUUUUCCUAUCGGAUAUUUUAUUCAAAUGGGAAAGCAUCCUUGCUUUUAACCUCUACUGAAAUUCUAAUAAUUUUAAUAUGCAUCAUAAUAAUUUGUUGCAG